UGAUGCUUCGCGAGACGAAAAUAGCGUUUACCGAGACGCAGCGGACUCGCGGAGGUCUUGCUUGCUUGUCCUCGCGCUCGCGGUGCGCACGUGAGGAUCGAGUCGCGGAGACGCGGCCUUGACGGGCUCCGGCCGGCGAGCGGUUGGGGAGGCGGGCGGAGAUGACGAGGAGGUGCUCGCACUGCAGCAACAAUGGACACAACUCGCGCACGUGCCCGGCGCGCGGGGGCGGUGUGCGGCUCUUCGGGGUGCGCCUGACGGAUGGGGUGGGGGCGAUGAAGAAGAGCGCCAGCAUGGGGUGCCUCUCCUCCGCGGCCGCGUUCUCGACGGCAGGUGCCUCCCCCUCCGCCGAUCCGGCCGGCGACCACCCCGAUGCCGCCGCGUCCGGGUACGCCUCCGAUGAGCCUGCCCAUGCGUCCAGCUCAUCCAUUUGCCGCAAGAAAGGUGUUCCUUGGACUGAAGAAGAGCAUCGGAUGUUCUUGGUGGGUCUUCAGCAACUGGGAAAAGGUGAUUGGCGUGGAAUAGCUCGAAACUUCGUAAUAUCUAGGACUCCGACACAGGUUGCGAGUCAUGCCCAGAAGUAUUUCAUUCGACAGAGUAAUUCAUCAAGAAGGAAGAGACGCUCAAGCUUAUUUGACAUGCCAAUCGACCAGAUCUCAGCCAAUGAAGAGCGGUUGACGUCCAAUUCUCCUCCUAACGAGGUGGAGAACACAAACCACUUGCCAACUUUGCAUCUCAAUGAACAAGGAGCUGAGUUUUUGGGAACUAAAACAACAAAAUAUGCUCCAGAACAAAGAGAAACCAUUCCGCAGACUCAAAACUCAGUCACAAUGAUACCAACAUAUUACCCUGCUUUCAUUCCAGUGCCUUUACCAUAUUGGCCUCUGAACCUGACUACUGUUGCAAAAGAGGAAGAGAUGAAGGAGGCUCAUGAGAUAUUAAAGCCGAUCGCCGUUGUCCCGAAGGAAGCACUGAAUGUUGAGGAGGUUGUCGGCAUAUCUAAACUCAGCAUUGGUGAUGGCACCAACAGCCGCAUGGACCCGUCUGCGCUCUCCCUCAAACUGGUAGGAUCCUCUUCAGCGAGGCAAUCUGCUUUCCAGGUUAACUCUUCUGUUGCCCUGCCUGAUCUGAACCAGAGUAACAGCAGCCCUAUCCAUGCAGUCUAAGACACAUUUACUGUGAAGUCCCUAAAUCCUCACCAUGCAUAUUCUUUCUCUGUUGUCAACUGUUAAUCUGCUCUCUGCAUUGAACCCUGGAACAUCCAUUCUUGUAACAAGCUAGUCGGACGAUCUCUUAGUUUGAUGCAUCUUGUUGAUAGUUGAACUAAAAUUCUUACCAUGCAAAAGGCAUCUUUUGCUGAUCUUAGUCUGAUUCAUACGGAUCAGCACACAAAUCCCAUGUCAUUUUGGAUUCAGGACAUAAUGCUAUUGAAGAGUUGGUGUUUA